CGCCCUCGGCCGCACCUCCGGCGGCGGGCGGGGCCGGCGGCGCGCUGGGCGCCGCCAUGCGAUUUCGGGCUAAAAUCGUGGACCUCGCUUGCCUUAACCACUUCAGUCGUGUCGUUAACACAAUCGCCAAGUUAGCCAAGAUCUGCACCCUGCGCCUUACCGUCAGCAAGCUGUAUUUCAUCCUCUCCGAUAAAGUGGCGAAUGGAGGCGUCAGCAUGUGGUGUGAGCUGUGCCAGGGGAAUGUCUUCGAUGAAUUUCAGAUGGAAGGAGUAGCUUUGGAGCACAAUGAAAUCUAUUUAGAGCUGGUGCCCGAGAACCUGUCGAGAGCAUUAAAAACUGCCCAGAGUGCUAAGGCAGUGAAGAUCAAGUUGACUAACAAACACUGUCCCUGUCUCAGAGUUUCUGUGGAGCUGCCAUCCUUUUCAAGCAGCAGUAGGAUUGUGACACAUGACAUUCCUGUGGGGGUUAUUCCCAGAAGAUUAUGGAAUGACUUCAGAGAGCCCAGUGUGCCAGACUUUGAUGUCAGUAUUUACCUGCCAGUGCUGAAAACAAUGAAGAGUGUUGUGGAGAGAAUGAAGAAUCUCAGCAAUUCCAUUGUGAUUGAAGCAAACUUGAGUGGAGAAAUGAACUUGAAAAUAGAAACUGACUUAGUAUGUGUAACAACACAUUUUAAAGACUUGGGAAAUCCUCCUUGGGCAUCAGAGGAUGGAUGUCAAAGUUCUGCUGAAGGCAGAGAUCUGGAAAGCAUGGCUGAGGCACGCAUAGACAUCAAGAAGCUGCAGCAGCUGCUUGCUGGACAGCAGGUCAAUCCCACAAAAGCAUUGUGCAAUAUUGUAAGUAAAAGAAUUGUCCACUUCAUCUUGCUACACGAGGAUGUUUCACUUCAGUAUUUUAUUCCGGCACUUGCCUGAAUGUUUUGGAAUCUGGGUCAUUUUCUGACCUGAGGCCUUUCCACAAAGUCUGAAAACAUUCAUGAGUUGCUGGAGUACUCUCAUGUGACAUGCUGUUAGAUGCAGCCAUCAGAUGGACAUUAUUUAUGUAUUUGUAAUCACUUCCUCCAGAAGGCCAUUUUUGUGAAGAGUUACAUGCUACAAAAGGCACACUGCUGGGGAGUUGGCAUAUCCGAGUGUUAUGGGGAGCAAAAUUGAAAUUUGUACGUGCUUUUGGGAUACUUUGAGCUGUGGGGAAGGCAAUGUAAUUUUUUUCUUUCUCGUCAGCAAACAUAAAGGGAGAAGUGACCUCUGGAGCUGCUGCUGUAUUGGACAGUGCAGCUCCAAGUUAAGGGAUAUCUGAGCAAGCUGUUGUACCUCCAUGGAGCAGGAGAGCCCUGUGGAAGGUUGACAGAUUGGUGUUUGCCUGGGCAGGUGAGCACAGCCCUCCUGAAGUGGUGCUGGAUAGACAAUGAUGUAUAUGGACUCGAUGCUGCUGCAUGCUGUGCAGCAGAAAUGUGUCUGAGGCUGAUGAGCUUCCUGUGGCUGCCAGCAUGUAACAGGAUGAAACAUGCUAAGGAGCACCAACAGCUCAGCAGCAUCUGUUUGCACCUGGCUAUAUCUUUUGAUCUGACUUGCUCCAACAUACCUCAGUAGUUCUGUUAGUUCUUGAACUGAUGUGUUUAGCUCUUGGUCUGAGAGGAUGAGAUAAACAGUCUGAAUUAGCCUUGUUAAUGUGGGCAGUGAAGGUCUCUAUGUACAGAAUUAGUAUCCUAUGAGGACAUGUGUGAACACAACAAUUGGUGUGAAAUAAAGGACAUGUUAUCUGAGGAGGACAUUUUUUCCCCCUUUCCAGAUGGAAAGCACUGUCAAGAGCAUGACUAAGUUGCACUGACAGGAGCACUGCCCCUGCUUCUAAUUCUUGGUUAUCUUCUGAGGUCUUUUCCUCCUUAUUCCAUGUAUGACUCUAUUUGUUACCCAGCCAUGUUCCAUAUAGCCUUUGGUAUUCCACAGGGUUUUGAAUAUCUUGUGGAACUUCUUGUUUUAGAAAUACUGAAUGAGUCUUUGCUGCAAAACAGGACUGGAAAUUUCUGCUAGGCAGCAACUCUUGUCAUGGUCAGAAGUGUUGGAUUUGUUUGUUUUUCCCAAGGGCCAUUGAGGUUAAGGGAGCAAUUAAUCUUUCUGUUCUUGAAGAUGCAAAUGGUCAAGAGAAGGCUGAAGGAGAGGCAGUGGCCUGGGAAUGUUAGCUUCUUUGCCUUCUUCCACCAUUGCUAUCAGAGUAACCAGAAAUCAUCUUCCAAACCCUGUUAGUUUUCAUGGACAACUGCAGUUGCCCCCAAAAUUGGUGUAAGAUGAAAACAGCUGUAUACCAGGUUACAGUAAUUGCAUUUUUUUUAAGAGGUAUGUGGUAAAUAUUCCUGGGUUUUUUCUUGAGGAGGGGGAAAACUGUUGAAGUAUGAUACAGAGUAUGCACUAGACAGUAGGUUUUGAAAUAUUUGGAUUUUCUUCUUUAAAAAUGCAUUCUGUAUAACCUGAUGGAAAUGGCUUUUUCUGAUCUAGCAUAAAAAUUAGUAAUAAUGGCCUCAGCUGUGUGGGCUCUGAUUGUUAUUUUUAAAAAGAAGUCAGAAGUUAUAAUUGCAAGAAAAUGUGUUUGGUGUGGUUUUUUUUUUUAAUAAAUAAAAGCAGGGGUACUGCUGCUACAGGUCAGU